AGAUGUUGCAACAUGAAUUAUUGUGUUAUUUGAACUGAAGAAAAACAGCUCUUCGAAAAUUGUAAAUAUUUCAAGCUAUGACAAUUUUGUGAAUACAAAAUGUCAUGCACCUUGUGUUGUCUGUUUUGUUCUCUAAAAGCAUUUUCUACAUAUCAGUUAAUUAGCUCUUAUUAUUAUGAGUUGGAAGCACUAAAAUUAUUGAUGAACUUUUCAGUUGAAUCGGCUGGAAUUUUCUUCAAUCAUAAGAGCUACUAUAAAUGAUUUCAUGUGCUAUCUGUUUAUCAAUGACAUUUUAGAUGUCUUAACUUCCUAUUACUAUUGGUGUUUUAUUACAAAAGCUCUUUUCUAUGGGAAGCUUUGUUAUUCGUACUAAAUUUAGAGUUUCAGAACUUUUUUGUGUUGCAAUUUUUUCUACAAAAGUAUAUUUAUGUGUUUAAUAAGUUGUUUUUACUCAGUCUUUAUUUAUCAUGAAAAGACGUGGAUUCGUCAAGCAAUUGUUGGAAUUGUUUGCUAAUAUUUGCUGUAAGCUUUGAAUGAGGCACUAUUUAGCCAGUUUCCAGCCCUUGAAGGUGGAAUAGAAAUCAACAGAGGAUCACUACUUGUCUAAAAGAAUGCAGCCCAUAGAUAAAACAUAUGGACAGGGGCUCAUCCUAAAUGGUUAAUUAAGGCUUUGUUUGAUGAGUUGUGAUUAUCACUAGUUUUUGCAGUGAACUACAGAAUUUCAGUGGCUGUAAUUGUAUUGUUAUGCGGAAGGAGAAGCAUUAAAGCAACAGUGUAACUGUCUGGUUUAUUCAGUGAAGGGUGAAACACAGUGAUGCUUUUUUUUCUCUCUCAAGAAAAGAGUAAGAAGAGGUUGGGCAAGGAAGAGAAAAGUGCUUAUAUUGGUCAGAGGAAAAAUGCUCAAAGUAAAGAUGAGCUGCUUGAAAAAAGGAAUGGUGGUGGUUGAUUAUGCAUGCACACCUGAAGAAGUGCAGCAGCACUUUCAGUCCUGUGGUACAGUAAAUAGGGUUACUAUUCUGACAGACAAGUUUGGUCAGCCCAAGGGUUUUGCUUAUGUGGAAUUUCUCGAAGUAGAAGCCAUACAGGAGGCGUUGCUCCUGAAUGAAUCUGAGCUACAUGGACGUCAAUUGAAGGUUUUGCCCAAAAGGACCAAUGUUCCUGGGAUGAAACAAUAUCGCCCUAGGCGGUUCAAUCCUUACAUUGGUUACCGGUUUAGGAGGCCAUAUGCUCCCCCUUAUUUCUACUCCCCUUAUGGAUAUGGGAAGGUUCCUAGGUUUAGAAGGCCAAUGCGAUACAUGCCUUACUACUAGAUGACUGUUAACAUUGGCGAAGUAUAUCAGGUGAUUGUUUCCAUUUGGGAUCUUUAGCCUGCCUUGAUUUUAUUAUCCGUUGAGAGGGCAAAAACAGAUGCUUUAUUGGCAUAGGUAUUAUCGUUGCUGUUAUAUAUAACUCUAGACAUAAAAGAGCGAUGAAAGUUUUAAUUCAUAGGUGAUCCGUGAUGGCAUGCCGCGUCCUUAUCAAGGAGUUACUGCAUUUAGAAGAUUUGAAUGAGGAAAUUUGCAUUUGGUAUUUUAGAUUUGGUUGAAGCAUUCUUCUUCUCUCUUGGAUUGUACUCUUUAUGUUAUAGAAACUUUGGCCCUUCUAUUUUAACCUACCACAUUUCAAAUUAAAUAAGAGAAUUUAUACACCUGUAUUAACAAAAGUUAAAAUUGGCAGUUUGUGUUUUGUAGGUAACUGUUGAAUUUAUAUAAUGAUACGAAUAAUGGUAACACUGUUUCAUCGAUUAGUUUGUA